ACAUAAAAUUAAUAAGGCUUUAUAGUGAUAAUUGAUCAUCAAGUCCUUAUUAUUCUUCAUUCUUAUACUAAGCUACUCUCAAUGGAAAACCUAGGCACCCCAUCACACCAACCUCAUCAUAACAAUAAUAGGGUUUCUAAUUCAAAAAAGAGUGAGAAGAAGUUUCUUGGGGUUAGACAAAGGCCUUCAGGAAGAUGGAUUGCAGAGAUCAAAGACUCUUCACAGAAACUAAGGCUUUGGUUGGGAACUUAUGAUAGAGCUGAAGAUGCUGCACUUGCUUAUGACCAUGCUGCAAGCCUUCUUAGAGGAAGAAAUGCUAAGACUAAUUUUCCAAUCACCCAUGGUGCUUGUAGCACCAUUAUUCUUGGCAAGAAUCCAAGGGCUUACCACCUCCUUAAGCAACAUGCAGUUAUGAAGAGCCACAUGGCGCUUUCUUCGCACAUGGUCAGGGAUCCAUUUGUCUCUUCUUCGCAAUCAUCCAUUCUUCAGGAUCAUAAUAAUACUCUUGUUUUCCCCAUCCCUGAAGAACAAGCUUCAGCUGAUGGUAGUGGAGGAUUUUCAUUUGGAUGUUGUAAGGUUUAUUCUUCUGUUAUUGUAGCUCCUUCUUUCAGUUCUUCAUGAAAAAGAUCAUGAAUUCAAAUAAUUAAAGAAUAAACCUAGCUAAUAAUAAUAUAAUCUUAUUGUUCCAAAAUUGUUAUAUAUAUUAUGUAUGUGUGUCUUCUCCUUUGAA